UGCUGGCACACGCCCAGCGGGACGCUGCUGGGAGUAGAUUCAGGGUCCCACUGCGGGGCUCAGUUCUCCCUCUCUGCCUCCCCAGGCGGCAGCGGCGUGAGCCACUCUAUUUUUGUGAGUGUAGGACUGAUGUGUGAUAAGAAUCUGUGUUUUCUAAACGAGUUCCGAGAGCUCCUCCAGCGUCCCAGAAUAAACACCGGGUGAUAAGGAGACGUCAUGCCUCGGCUUUGCUGGCAGCAGCACUUUCCCCGUUACUGGGAUUGAAAAGGAUGUGUCUGCCAACCUCAGGCAUCUCAGGUUUGGUUACUCUGGGAAGGAGGCGGACGCCGAGGAGUCACGCCCCCUGUGACUGUCCCCGCCUUCCCGCCCAGCCCCGCGCCAUGGCGACAUCCAAGUUGCCCGCGGUGCCCGAGGAGGAGACCACCAUCCUCAUGGCCAAGGAGGAGCUGGAGGCGCUGCGCUCGGCCUUCGAGUCGGGCGACAUCCCGCAGGCCGCGUCGCGCCUGCGGGAGCUGCUGGCCACCACGGAGAGCACCCGGCUGGAGGUGGGCGUCACGGGCGAGUCGGGCGCCGGCAAGUCGUCGCUCAUCAACGCGCUGCGCGGCCUGGGGGCCGAGGACCCCGGCGCGGCGCUCACGGGCGUGGUGGAGACCACCAUGCAGCCGUCGCCCUACCCGCACCCGCAGUUCCCCGACGUGACGCUGUGGGACCUGCCGGGCGCCGGCUCGCCGGGCUGCUCGGCCGACAAGUACCUGAAGGAGGUGGACUUCGGCCGCUACGACUUCUUCCUGCUGGUGGCGCCGCGCCGCUGCGGCGCCGUGGAGAGCCGCCUGGCGGCCGAGAUCCUGCGCCAGGGCAAGAAGUUCUACUUCGUGCGCACCAAGGUGGACGAGGACCUGGCGGCCACGCGCAGCCAGCGGCCGUCGGGCUUCAGCGAGGCGGCCGUGCUGCAGGAGAUCCGCGAGCACUGCGCCGAGCGCCUGCGCGCCGCGGGCGUGCACGAGCCGCGCAUCUUCCUGGUGUCCAACCUGUCGCCCGCGCGCUACGACUUCCCGCUGCUCGUGUCCACCUGGGAGCACGACCUGCCGGCGCACCGGCGCCACGCGGGGCUGCUGUCGCUGCCCGACAUCUCGCUGGAGGCGCUGCAGAAGAAGAAGGACAGGCUGCAGGAGCAGGUGCUCAAGACGGCGCUGGUGUCGGGCGUGAUCCAGGCGCUGCCCGUGCCGGGGCUGGCGGCCGCCUACGACGACGCGCUGCUCAUCCGCUCGCUGCGCGGCUACCACCGCAGCUUCGGCCUGGACGACGACUCGCUGGCCAAGCUGGCCGAGCAGGUGGGCAAGCAGGCGGGCGACCUGCGCUCGGUCAUCCGCUCGCCGCUGGCCAGCGAGGUGUCGCCCGAGACGGUGCUGCGCCUCUACUCGCGGUCGUCGGACGGCGCCAUGCGCGUGGCGCGCGCCUUCGAGCGCGGCAUCCCCGUGUUCGGCACGCUGGUGGCCGGCGGCAUCAGCUUCGGCACCGUCUACACCAUGCUGCAGGGCUGCCUCAACGAGAUGGCGGAGGACGCGCAGCGCGUGCGCAUCAAGGCCCUGGAGGAGGACGAGAGCCCCGCCGAGGUGAGCCUGGAGGCGGCGGGCGACAGCGGCGUGGAGAAGCGGGCCUCGGCCGACGGCGCCAGCGAGGAGGCGCCGCUGUCCACCCGCCGCAAGCUCGGCCUCCUCCUCAAGUACAUCCUGGACAGCUGGAAGAGGCGCGACCUGCCGGACGACAAAUGAGAGCGCGGCCCCCGCCCGCCCGCUUCCACCUCGCCCCCGCGCCCAGCCCUUCAAAAAGCC